AAUAUACACCUCAUUUUUUUCAAUCAAACAUAGUUUUCCAUAAAUCACUUUGCGCUUCCUCUUACCGCUCUAAGCGUAACAGAGUGUGCAAAAAGAAAGCUAGAGAGAAGAUGGAGAGAGGAUCAUCAGCUGCCAAAGUUUCAUCUAUCUUCAUCUACCCAAUCAAAUCAUGCCGUGGAAUUUCUGUCUCCCAGGCACCUCUUACUCCAACUGGAUUUCGUUGGGAUCGGAACUGGUUGGUUGUGAACUACAAAGGGAGGGCAUAUACACAACGAAAUGAACCAAAGCUUGCUCUGGUUGAGGUAGAGCUGCCAAAUGAAGCUUUUGUGGAGAGAUGGGAACCCGGAAAAAGCUCUUAUAUGGUAAUAAAAGCUCCAGGGAUGAAUAUGCUUAAGAUUUCACUCAGCAAACCGCGUGAAAUAGCAGAUGGAGUCUCAGUGUGGGAGUGGUCUGGCUCUGCAUUCGAUGAAGGAGCUGAAGCAUCAAAAUGGUUUUCUGAUUAUCUUGGGAAGCCCAGUCGGCUAAUUCGUUUUAAUGCAGCAUCGGAAACUAGGCCUGUUGAUCCUGAAUUUGCUCCUGGACACAAUGUUAUGUUUGCGGACCUCUUUCCAUACAUGCUAUUGUCUCAGACGUCACUGGAUGCACUGAAUAAGCUUCUCAAGGAGCCUGUUCCAAUCAACCGGUUUAGGCCAAACAUACUUGCUGAUGGUUGUGAGCCAUUUUCUGAGGACUUAUGGACGGAAAUCAAGAUAAAUAAGUCCACCUUUCAAGGUGUCAGGCUAUGUUCUCGCUGUAAGAUUCCUACCAUUAAUCAAGAGACAGGGGUUGCGGGUACUGAGCCAAAUGAAACUCUGAAGAAAGUACGGUCAGAUGCAGUCUUGCGUCCAAAUCGUAAACAACAGGGAAAGAUCUACUUUGGGCAGAACUUAGUUUGGAAGGACAAAAGUACUGGAGGGAAGGGGAAUGUUGUCAAAGUGGGAGAUCCAAUUUUUGUCCUCAAGAAGGUCUCUUCUGUUGAUGAAGCCGUAGCUUGAGCUAUGAAGAAUGUCAUAUGGUAGUGAACAGUGUUAAUCCAUUAUCAACUUCACCAUCAUAGGGAGAGUAAUAAGGUGAAGACAAUCUCUGUGCCCUCUGAUUCUGUAAUAAGAAACAUAUUUAUGUGAAGCUUUGAAGAAAUUACUAAUAUUUAUGUUUUUGCUGAUUGGAAGGUUGAA